AUGUGUACCACGUACCAAAUCGCAGUUUUGCUCGCACUCUUAUUCAUAAGCAGCGGGACAAAAGGAGCGCUCGCGCAAACCAACGAUGACUCCAGCGGCGACGCCGUGGCGCCGUUUUUUGGUUUCAUGGGCGCCGCGAGCGCGUUGGUGUUUGCAAACAUAGGCGCGGCGUACGGGACGGCCAAGUCGGGCGUUGGGAUCGCGAGCAUGGGGGUGAUGCGACCAGAGCUCGUGAUGAAAUCCGUCAUCGCGCCAGUCAUGGCGGGCGUUCUCGGCAUUUACGGUUUGAUCAUCGCCGUCAUCAUCUCCACGAACAUCACUCCGACUGGGUACACGUUGUUUCAAGGGUACGCGCACUUGUCCUCCGGCUUAGCGUGCGGCUUGUCUGGCUUAGCCGCGGGGAUGGCGAUUGGUAUUAUCGGCGACGCCGGGGUGAGAGCGAACGCGCAGCAACCGAAAUUGUUCGUCGGUAUGGUUUUGAUGUUGAUUUUUUGCGAAGCGUUGGCUUUGUACGGUUUAAUUAUUGGGAUUAUUUUGUCCACUGCUGGAGCAGCAACGGGCGGGGCGGCGUAA